CAGCUCCGAAUUUGUGUUACUUUCUCGCCGCAGUGCUAUUCCGUCGUUUGUAGCCUUUCUAUCCCCUGCUUACCUGACUGUAUAAUUUGCUUCGAACGGACUUUAUCUCUUAUGUCUUUUAUGUGUUAUAUCCUUACUUCCCUCAGGCGCUUUGUUUCAACUAAAUGUUCUGCCGACAGCCUAUAUUUUAGAACCUUCGAUACUAAAAUGCAUGAUUUGGAUAGCCGAUGCGUAACUUGUGUAGUGGUGAGACCUUGGUGCGAUAUAUGCCUUGAGCUCUGAGAUCUGAAUCAUCACAUGAUGCUAAAGUAGGCGCUUAAUUAAGGUGCCUGAUAUGUCCAUUUCCAUGAUCCACUGAGCCAAAUAUUGGCCUAACGCUUAGAUUCUAACGCAAUUCAGUCUGCCAGCCAGCACACUUAACUAUAUCUAUUCGUAAGUAGGCCAAGCAUGCACCAUCACGAUGAAGCGAAAGAGUCCAAUAACAUCGAGCUCUUAAUCACCUUGAUGGAUGGAGGUGUGGACCACGAAGUGGCUAGGCGCGUCCUACGGAAAUUCGAUGGCGAUGUAGAAAAGGCAGGCUCCGCCAUGAUCGAGGGCGACAGGGGAGAGGAGACGUCGUCGCUGUGGACGUCGCACUCGCAGAUGGAAGUAAUACAGCCUAGACCGCUGCCUCCUCCCGCUGUUCGCCCGAACUCGCCGAUCAAUAUCGACCUCACGGCUGACGACGAGCAUAAUGACGAGUUAUCUCGUGCUUUGAAAGCGUCGCUCGAGACAGCCUCCCAAGAGGGUCCGAAGUUUGGACCGAGCGAGCGGCCUCCUGAUGCCAAUUGGGCGAUGGUGCCUUCGAAUAAUACUGCUGGUGCGGAUGACCUGGAUCGUGCUAUACAAGCUAGCUUUGAGCAGGCUGAUACUGGCGACGAAUACCAGCCUUUACCCCUUGAUCAGCAAUGGCGGAAGGAAGGCUGGCCUGUGACUUUACGACCAACGAAACACACGAUGGUCUAUGCAGCUCUGAUUCUCCAGGCGCUUUUUUAUGUUCCACAAAUUCGUGAACGGGUCGCCAAUUGGCGGCCAGCUCUGUCCGAAGGCGCAACGGAAGCUGAACCUCCAAAGAAUGGACCAGAGCUCCUUAUGUGGAAGCUUGUCGAAACAUUCACCAACAUGGACCUCGCAAAGCUUGUGGAUUUGGACGCUCAUGAAGUGCUCGAAGGGUUCAAGCCUGAGCCCUGGGCGAACCCGGCGCAACCACCAGGAGACCUAUCUCAUCGAUUCUUCGAAAAGGUAGCAGGCGCCCUCGAUAAAGUGUUUUCCCAUGAAUUCAUUCGCACUGAACAGGCAAUACAACGCGUCAUGCAGUUCCAAUAUGGGAACAGCAAUUUUGACGACGAGCCCGGAGAGCUCCUGCAAGAUGCCUCCAUUGUCCGCGUCGAAGCCCUUGGACCAAGCGACACGAAUGACCUCGUCGGUCGCCUUUCUGCCCAGCUUUCCAAUCAUAAGAAUGAUAUCAAGCAACACCAAGUAAUUUUCGAGCCCUCGGAGGUGAUUACGUUUCAUCUUGCGCGCUCGGGCACUGUCAUGGGCGAGCGCAAGCCAUUUAAAUAUCCGAAGCACAUCUAUCUCGAUCAAUUCCUGAAGGAAAACGUUGAGCUUGCGGAGAGCAAGAGGGGGGAGCAGCGGGACCUUCAUGCGGAAAUCCAAAAGCUGAUAUUGCAUAACAAGUCUUUGGCCCACUUCAAUGAAAAAGACACGCUAACGGACCUGCGGUCAUCUAUAUACUAUUAUGAGAACGUGGCGGAUGCGAAGGACACCGAUGAACGUGCUCACGUCAACCAAAUUAUGGCUAACAAACUAAAGAGUAUUCUCGCUCAGCUAGAAAAGGAAAUCGAAGCUACAGACAUCAAUAUUGCGAAGAUGCGGGAUCAAGCCGCGACAAUCCUGGAUUGCCCUGAGCUCCAACGCGCCAGAUAUGACCUCCGCGUAGCGCUGGUACACGACGGUUUGUAUGGCAGGAAACACCUCUAUUCCUAUGUGCAAGAGAAGGGUGCGUGGUGGAGGAUAGAGGACUCAUCCAUUAGCCAGGUGUCCGAGGAAAAUGUGCUGGAGGACCCGGUGGGUCUGCAUCUCGGCGCAGGACCUUACCUUCUCUUGUAUUCGAAGGCGCUCCCAGAAGGCGCAGAGCUAUUGGAUCUCCAGUGGCCUCCACCGAUCAAGAUCAAUGUAGAGAAUCAUAAUCGUGUGUUAUUGGAGCAGUUGCAGUGUUCAGAAGCGGAGAGCAAUGUUAAUCAGGACAAGGAAAACGUCUUGAUCCAUCCCCAGGAGGACCAAAUGGACAUUUUAUGCUGA